CAGGACCCCCAUGGACCCUCACAGAGCAGGUAUUAUUUGGGUGGUGGGUCAUUCUCAGCACUGCAGUAACACUGACGUGGUGGUGGUGGUGUGUUAGAAUGUGUUGUGCUGGUACAAACCGACAAAACUGCUAAAAAUUCAGAAAGGUUUUUUCACUGUGUCGAACUUAUCCAAAUGAAUUCAUCCUAAUUAGCUUUAAAUAAGUAACUAAUGCAUCAAAGAAGAAAUAGUAAAUGUUGCCAGAUUACAUGCGUAAAGUUAACAGAUGAAUGAAGUAAACAAACAAACAAGGUAUGUUUUACAAUAUACAGCCUUUUAUUUGACUUUAUUGGGAACUGGAACAGAGCACAAACAGAUCCUAGGACUAGUUUGGGAUUUUUUGCCCUCACGUUCCAUCACCUUUCUUUCUCUUUUCCUCAGGUGAUACUUUGCCCUACAGUGAAGACCUCAUUCAAGCCUAGUCUUACGUAAGCCUAAAAUGUGGUUUUCUACAGGAAAGCUUGCUAAUUGGUAGUUUACGAAAUGUAGACAAGCACUGCCUCCCUUAGUUACAGAUAUACUAUCUAUACUUGUCCCAGUAUGCUAAACUCAUCAAAUAAAUAGAAGUUCUGCAUUAAGAAUAGCAGACAAAUGCCAUAAUUAAGUUAGUUCCUUGCAAUCAACAAGACAUGUCAUUUGACCAAAGUUUAUGUGUGAGUAUGUCUUACCUUUUAGCCUGUGAUUGGUUUUGAAGUUGAGCUAUGAGGUGUGGUCUUCUGUGUGGCAGAUUUUAUUGCAAAACUUUUUCAGCCUUGGGGAAGAAACAUUAACAUUUAGACUCUAGACCAGGGGUCACUAAUAGGCGGUCCAAGUCCAGACCCAGAUAUUGACCUAUGUUAUUAUUUACUAUUCUAUGUAAUUAUUUAUUUUGACCGGUCCUAUUUUUGGCAUAUUUUAUGGCUUUCGCAGCCCAGGAAGCUCACAUACCAAUCACAUGUGUUUUAAAAGUCACGCGUGACGCUACUCAGCCCUAGAUGAUCAAGUAGUUGAGCAUCUGAAUGACACUUUUUUUGUUUUUAGAAUCUUUUUUCCUUAAUAAUCUAGACUAAUUUACUACCACCAAUGUUCUCACUGAAGAUUAGUUCUGUUGGAGGAAGUAGUAAAAUGCAUAAAUCUGCAAAAAUAAGGAAAAAAAACCCUGCAAACUGCUCAAAACAGCCCGUUUUUGCAGCUUAAUUUCCUCGUACAGACUAUUGAGUUUGUGGUGAACAGUAAACUUUACCACACCACUUUUUACAUUACUACAUCAAACUUUUUUUUUAUUUAAAAAAAAGUGAGGACAAUUUGUUUAUUUCAUGAUCUGGGAUCUUUACUAAUAUUACAAAUGAAGGUGUUUCUAGAAAUUGUACUUGUUGAAACUGUUCUAUGGGUAGAUAAUGUUGCAGUAUUUCAUGAAAUGAAGUAGACAUUUUUUGAAUAAAAUUACUGAAAACAAGGAAAACCAUUAGGGAAUAAGUUAAAUAAUCCUAAUAUUCUUAAAGCAAUCUUCGAAUGAGAACUUUUAGAUAUGUUGACUAGAUUUAAGUUAAGUUAAGCCAGGAUAGCAUUUUUUGCUGUGACUCUUCUUCAACUCCACUGAAUCUCCUGACAUUUUGUUUCACUUCCUAUAAAUGACAUUGUGGUCCAUUUCCUGUCCUGUAGAUUGGCACUGUAUAAAUUCACACCGCAGGGAGCCGUUAGUGGUGGCUGCUUUCCAUAACAGACGAAAAAAGAACUAGCGAGAAAGAAAUGUGACGCAUUUCAUCCGUGCAGUACAAGUGCUAUCUGUGUUAAAUGGGGGGUGAUGGAGCAGCCCUGCAUUUUUGAGAAGCUGCGGAACAUUGCAGAGGACUGCAGGACACUCGCAAGUGUGUGGAAGGCGUUAAGGGUAACUUCCUUACGAAUGAGGGUGGUCUUGGAGGGGGCUGGCUGUCCUGAGGCAAAGGAUUGAGUGGAGUGAGAGGAAACAUUUUACGUCGAGAUUCGCCAGCGAACUCGCUCCUGCUGCCUCAGGCUCUGCGGAUCCUGCGUUUCUAUGGCAACUGUGACAUCACCCCUGCACAGAGACAUUUAUGAACAAUCGAGCGCCGGCUAACAAGAGAUAUCAGCCAACGGAAUACGAACAUGCAGCCAAUUGUGCCACACAUGCACUCUGGAUCAUUCCCAGUAUCGUGGGCGGAGUGUUGCUGUACUUCUUGUCCGAUGACCACUGGGAGGAGAUUGCAGCGUAUUUGUAUGGUGCAGGGUUGUCCAGCCUUUUCAUCAUUUCUACAGCAUUUCACACCAUCACCUGGAAGAAGAGCCAUCUACGAUCAGUGGAGCAGUGCUUCCACAUGUGUGACAGGAUGGUGAUCUAUUUCUUCAUUGCUGCGUCCUACACACCCUGGUUGACCCUGCGAGAGCUCGGUCCGUGGGCCUCUCACAUGCGCUGGGUGGUCUGGGUGAUGGCCUCUGGAGGAACUGCGUAUGUCUUCUUCUUUCAUGAGAGGUAUAAAGUGGUGGAGCUGGUGUGCUACACAGCGAUGGGGGUGUUUCCCGCCAUGGUGAUUCUCUCAAUGGCGGACAGGUCGGGUCUGUGUGAGCUGUUGGUUGGUGGCGGGUGUUACGUGUUGGGGAUGGUGUUCUUUAAAAGUGAUGGAGUGGUUCCCUUCGCUCAUGCUAUAUGGCACCUGUUCGUUGCCAUGGGAGCAGGCAUCCAUUACUAUGCCAUCUGGAAGUACUUGUACACACCUGUCAAUCAACAGACCAGCACAGCCCGGUGA